AUGCCUGCAUACAAUCCAGAUGUCUUUAAGGAAGCUGACUUUGCCCCUGCUUUAGUAACUGACAGGCCGAACCCAGAAAGCCAGGCUGCCCUCACUACAGCCGGGCCAUCCACGCUGGCCACCCUUCCACCUGGGUUGUCCCCUCCUGCCCUCACUACAGCCGGGCCAUCCACGCUGGCCACCCUUCCACCUGGGUUGUCCCCUCCUGCCCUCACUACAGCCGGGCCAUCCACGCUGGCCACCCUUCCACCUGGGUUGUCCCCUCCUGCCCUCACUACAGCCGGGCCAUCCACGCUGGCCACCCUUCCACCUGGGUUGUCCCCUCCUGCCCUCACUACAGCCGGGCCAUCCACGCUGGCCACCCUUCCACCUGGGUUGUCCCCUCCUGCCCUCACUACAGCCGGGCCAUCCAUGCUUGCCACUAGUGCAUCUCAGUGGUCCCUCACAGAGGGUGACCUUUCACCUCUUUUCCCUAUCCCUACUGAGCUUCCCAAACAUAUUUUUUCUGUCAGCUCUGAUGGUGUCCCAGAAGUCACUCUGACCCUGGUUCCUAUAUCUUUAGAAGAGGAAGUCGUUUCUACCCAAGAGCCUGCAGUGUUUUCACCAGAGUCGGUCCGGCCGUACCCGAAAGCUUCCCCGAGAAAGGCCAAUCGGCAGCAACGCAAGAAAAAGACUUCCACUAUUUUAACCGACACCCCGGAAAAGCAGCCCCUGGAAGAGGAGAAGAAAGCCUCCUCUUUGAAAGUAAAACGGAAGAUCAUAGAAACGAAGGAGGGAGGAAAAAGGAGUAAGAAGACAAAUUCAGAUACUCAGUGUCUGGUGUGUGCUGAAUGGUUUUCGGCCUCAAAGCCUGGUGAGAAGUGGGUGUCGUGCUGCGGGUGUGGGUUGUGGUCCCAUUUUGAAUGCACCACUGGUGACAAACCAGUAUUAUCUCACUCACUGUGA